CACCUUGCACAUAAGACAUCUUGGACGAUCCGACUAUCGAAUAUUUCGAGAGGCAAUCUAGUUUCAGAUUCAAACUGUCAUUUAAUCCAAGUAAUGAUGCUACAAGUUUCUCAGUCGAGCUCUGAGGCAGCCAGACGCUUCAUCGCUUUCGUGAACGCAUCACCAACUCCUUUUCACGCCGUACAUAAUGCAUCUGUACGACUGGAAGCAUCUGGAUUCAAGAAGAUCAGGGAAGCCGACGAUUGGGAGAAGACUCUGCAACCCCGAGGGAAAUACUACUUUACCCGUAAUCAGAGUUCACUAGUUGCUUUUACGAUUCCACCGAACUGGAAGCAGGGCGCGGGCUUAUCUAUUGUGGCUACACACGUUGAUAGCCCAAAUUUGAGGGUGCGCCCUAUAUCCAAGCGGGAGAAGACCGGGUACCUCCAGGUUGGAGUAGAAACUUAUGGUGGAGGUAUCUGGCACUCUUGGUUCGAUCGAGACCUCUCGUUGGCCGGGAGAGUCGUGGUCACGCAGCAAGAUGGAACCUUUCAAUCAAAGCUUAUCAAGGUUGACCGACCUCUCCUGCGUAUUCCUUCCCUUGCCAUCCACCUGGACAGAAAUGUCAACGACAAUUUGAAGUUCAACCAGGAGACAGAAUUUGUACCCAUCCUAGGGCUUGUCGCGGAAACUUUGAACAAAAAGUCCAAAGAUGACAAGGUAUCAAACGCGACGGCUGCUAGUAUCCAGGGAAAUCAUCACCCAGCCCUACUCUCAGUCAUUGCCAACGAACUGUCAGUUUCUCCUGAAGAGAUCCAUGAUUUUGAAUUGCACUUAUAUGAUACCCAACCUUCUGUCUUGGGGGGCGUUAACAAUGAGUUCAUGUUUAGUCCUCGCAUGGACAACCAGGUUUGCUCCUUCUGCGCUGUGGAUGCCAUCUCCACCUAUGUCUCGUCUUCCAAUUUCAAUCUUCUUGAAGGCAACGUCAACUGCAUUGCCCUCUUCAAUCAUGAGGAAAUUGGCAGCGUUUCCAUAUCUGGGGCAGAAUCUUCCUUGAUCCCCUCGCUUCUGCAACGCCUAUCUCCCACUCCUGCGCUUCACUCACAGUCUGUUGCUCGGUCGUUCCUCAUAUCGGCGGAUAUGGGUCAUGCCAUUCACCCGAACUUUACCUCAAAGCACGAGGACAACCAUCAGCCGACUAUGAACGGAGGUAUUGUCAUCAAGACCAAUGCAAAACAGAAAUAUGCCAGCGACGCAAUCGGGUCCUUCGUUGUGAAGAAACUUGUCGAGCGCAAAGGAGGUCAGGUCCAGGAGUACGAGGUUCGAAACGACAUGGCGUGUGGUUCGACGGUUGGACCGAUGUUAUCGAAGCUUGGCUUGCGCACAGUAGAUGUCGGUAAUGCCAUGUUGUCUAUGCACUCCAUUCGCGAGACUGCAGGCUCUCAUGACGUCCAAAACGCGAUCGACCUAUUUACCUCAUUCUUUGAAGGUUUUACUGAGCUAGAUAAGACUCUUACUGUAGAUUAGUUCACAUCUGCAAUGGGCUGCACUUUACAAUACAUCGCUCA